AUGGAGAGCCCGUGGUCAGUACUGAGCUUUCACGAGCCAUGCCCGACUGCUAGUUCCUGGGGAGAGCAGCAGCAGCCGGAUCAUGUUUUCCCUUUCGAUCAGAUAUCUCUUCACAACGGCAACAUACGGUGCGGUUUUGACGUCCCACACGGCAUGUUCGUACGUGGCCAGGAGCUCCGGGACUGUUUCUCAAAGCAGGACGCCCUCGUGUACUCAUCGUCGUUGGAGCUAUGUUUAUCUUUUAUGGGCUACAUUCUUGACCACUUGAACGACGAUGGCAAGAAUUAUACCUUGGACGUGGCUAUCGUGAAGAGAGGCCUCGGUUUUGUCCAGGAGAAUAUACUGCAACACGAGAACAUCAACACGGUGUUGGCAUCGAUGAACGUCGAUAGCGACAAGCACCACUCAGUUCUGCGCACUUAUUUCCGAGCCUGCGCCUUCACAAAAACCAAAAGCUCGACGGGGAACAGCAGACUGAUCGCAGACGUUCAGACAGGGCAUGCGAAGCUGUUUGCACUGUUCAAUGGGCAAGGGUUCGAUACCUACUUUGAAGAGCUGCUUGAAACCUAUUGCACUUACAAGUACAAUGUCCAGACACUCGUGCGGUACAUGGCCGCCACUCUCAACCGCCUCGCUGCGGACGACAAUGUCAAGGAAACUUAUUCACUGGGGUUUGACGUGGAGAAGUGGCUGGACCUGGAGGAAUCUCGCCCCGGGUUGAGUUAUCUGACUAGCACUCCUGUCAGUCUUCCUCUGAUAGGGUUCGCUCAGUUCGUCACGUAUGCCGUUGCAUGUAUAAACCUUCAACUCUCACCGAAGGAGCUACGGGACUGCUUUUCAGGAGCAACCGGGCACUCCCAGGGAAUCGUUGUGGCAUCAUUCGUUGCAGCGGUGGACUCUUGGGAUUCUUUUUACGCCGCAGCUCAGCAAGCGGUGGAGGUUUUAUUCUGGAUCGGGUAUCGAUGCCAGCAAAAUAAUCUACUUCCAAUGGCGCAUGAGGAGCAACUGUCGUCAUACAUGCUGAGCGUAAAGGGGAUCUCUCGUGAUGCUCUUCAAAACGACAUCGACCAGCUGAACCGGCACCUGCAGCCCUCUGACACUCUCCAUAUAUCUCUUGUGAAUGGACCCCAACAAUUUGUCAUUGCAGGGUUGCCACUGUCACUGCAAGGGUUACAAAGGAAGAUUCGGAUGAGAGAACCUGGGCCAUCUCAGCCAGUCAAUCAAUCGCGAGUUUUAUUUAGCCAACGCCAAUCGGUUAUAACACCCUUUCAUUCUCCGUACCUCGAGUCCGCGCAAGAGAAGCUACGGGUAGACCUUGAUUCGUUUACCUUAAAAGGCUCUGACCUAGCAUUUCCCGUGUUUCAUACAGAGACGGGAAAUAAUCUACAACACUGUGAAAAUCUCAUCCCUCAUUUGAUUCAAAUGAUAUGUACCAAACGAGUACAAUGGAAGGACCUUUUGAACACAGUACUGACAGGAGUUACUCAUGUGCUGGAUUUCGGGCCUGGAGGAAGUGCCGGAAUUGGAAGAUUGAUCGAUCAACAGAGAGACGGAAUGGGAUUGAGAACAAUAACUGUCGGUGCCGGCAGCGACCCCAGUUCAUCUCUGGGAAGCGCGGCGGAACUCUAUGCUUGUGGCAUUCCUGCCAAAUACAGCUCUAUCUGGAGUGACGAGUAUUCUCCUCAACUAGCAAUAACACGGUCCACCGGCCGAAAACUGGUGGAUACAAAAUUCAGUCGGUUUUUCGGACUUCCCCCCGUGAUGGUAGGAGGCAUGACCCCAACCACGACAGCACCAAGCUUUGUGGCCGCGAUUAUGAAUGCUGGGUAUCAUGCGGAACUAGCUUGCGGAGGCUUUCCAGAGCCUAAUAGCAUGCGUAACGGGAUACUUUCCCUUUCAGCAGGGGUUUCCCCGGGCCGUGGAAUUACGUGCAACCUUAUCUAUGCCAACCCAAGAGCAAUGGCAUGGCAAAUCCCCCUCCUACAUGAAUUGCGUAAAUCUGGCAUCCCCAUCACUGGAUUAACCAUCGGAGCGGGCAUCCCUUCUCUCGACACAGUUCGGGGCUAUAUUGCCGACCUGUCUCUAACACACAUUGGCCUCAAGCCCGGCUCAAAGGAAGGUAUUGAUGCCAUUUUGGGAAUAGCACGGGAUAAUCCCGAUUGCUCUAUAAUUCUACAGUGGACUGGAGGGCGCGGUGGUGGACACCACUCUUACGAAGACUUCCAUGAACCUAUAUUAAAUCGGUAUGGCCAGAUUCGAGCGCAUUCAAAUGUGAUUCUCCUUGCAGGUAGCGGGUUUGGAGAUGGGGAUAAGACGUAUCCAUAUCUUGCGGGCACAUGGUCAGAGGAAUUUGGUUAUCCUCCGAUGCCAUUCGACGGUAUCCUACUUGGGAGCCGUGUUAUGGCUGCUAGAGAAGCCCGCACCAGCCCUGCGGUAAAAGAGGCGAUCCGCAAUGCCCCUGGUGUACCAGAUUCGCGCUGGGAGGAAACCAACCACGGACCGGCGGGCGGUAUCAUAAGUGUUAGAUCUGAGAUGGGAGAGCCGAUUCAUAAGCUAGCUACACGCGGAGUGAUGUUGUGGGCAGAGCUAGACCGAGAUGUCUUUAGUCUACCUCGUGAGAAGCAGAAAACCAUGCUGCUGGCACGCAAAGACUAUUAUAUCGCGCGCCUCAAUAAGGAUUUCCAAAAAGUCUGGUUUGGCUGCAACUCUCGUGGUGAAGCGGUUGAUUUGUUUGAUAUGACUUACGCCGAAGUUGUUCGACGCACCAUUGACCUUUUAUAUUUAAACCAGUCACGCGAAUGGAUUCAUGACAACUUCAAACUGCUCGCGUUCGACUUAAUACGACGGCUGGAGGAGCGUCUGCAGAUAGGAUUAGACAAUAAUGCUGUCCUUUAUAGCUCUGCACAGCUAGAUCAGCCCUAUGAACUUCUAGGACAGCUGUUUGCUCAAUAUCCACACGCAGAGACUGAUGUCAUCACCGCAACAGACGCAGACUAUAUUAUUCUGCUAUCACAACGUCGCGGACAGAAACCCGUGCCCUACAUCCUGCUAUUGGACGAAGAUUUUGAAUACUGGUUCAAAAAAGAUUCCUUAUGGCAAUCGGAGCGUCUAGAGGCUGUCCCGGGGCAGGAUGUUGGGCGCAUAUGUAUUCUUCAUGGGCCCGUGGCGGCGCAGUAUACUCGACAGGUGGAUGAACCUGUAAUGAGCAUCUUGGAUGGGAUUCAUGAUGCACAUAUUGCAAAGAUCUUGCAGGAAGAAACAGCCGCUGGCCUAAGACAUCUUCGCUCGACAUUGACGUCGAUUGAUGAUGAUGAGACGCCCCCGCUGCCCCGUGGGGUGACCGUUAAUACACUAGAAAAUGGAACAGUAGUAAGGUACUCACUGCCUAGUUCCGAAGCCGAACUACCCUCUCCUGAUGACUGGAUGAACUUGUUAGCGAGGUCAUCACCAGUAGCUUGGUGCAAUUCGAUAUUCACAGAACCAGAUGUCGUGCGUGGUCGGAUCCUCAUAAGCAAUCCGAUUCGGAGGCUCUUUACCGCUAAACCGGGCCGCAUUGUCGACGUUCAUAGCCCAUUGUCACCUGAGCGGUGCAUAAUUGCUAUUAAGGAGGCUAAAAAUUCGCAAAACAUGGCAAAAGACAAUGAGGCGGCUGUCGUUGCUGUCGCUUCCUUACGAAACGGCCUUGAUGGAGGGAUUAUCCUAACCCUCUCCAAUCAUACAGUAGCCGACAGAGCAGCGCAACAUCUAGAUCUUGCAUUCGAAUACAAGCCAUGCUGUGGGUCCCCUAGUAUCAUCGAGUCUACUAAGGACCACAACACACAAGUUCAACUCUUCUAUCAGUCCAUCUGGGUGGGAGUGCAAGGGCCGCCUGCAACUCUAGGAACUAUAUUUUGUAGUGAGAGUAUUGUGUUGAAGCGCGAUACGAUUAUCCGGUUUGCUAAAGGCAUCUGUAACCAUAACCCAAGUUAUAUAUCUCCCUCGAAAACCUCCUUACAUGCGCCUCUUGACCUAGCUAUAGCAAUUGCGUGGAAACCAAUGGUGAGGUGCUUGCUUUCUACCCCAAUUUCUGGCAAUAUGCUUAGCCUACUACACCUUGGUAAUGAGUUUCGCCUAAGUGAUGGAGUCAAGCCGCUGAGUGAAGGGGAUUGUGUCACGUCUGAAUGCCGACUGGCUUCAUACAAGAUUAAGAGAGGCUCUGGAAAGGUUAUAGAAAUUGAAGGAACAAUCUAUCGCAACGGUACUCCAGUUGUACACCUGAACAGCAAUUUUAUUAUGCCCGGGACAUACACAGACUAUAAUACCACAUUUGAGAUAAGAGAGGAUAAGUUCCAACUCCACUUAUCUUCAGUGAAAAAUAUUGAGCUCUUACGGUCGAGGCGAUGGUUUUUUUUAAAUGAGGGUGUGGAUCUCAUCCAGCAUCUUCACCGAAAAAUUGAGUUUCAUAUCACAAGCAGCUACUUUUUCAAGGGCCCAGAGACAAAUUUCCGCUUGGAAGUCGAAGGCCAAGUUGUAGUUCAGCCGGAUGCUGGUCACUCUACGGUGCUAGGGUCUAUCCAUCUUGCAGUCGAUUCCCACAAGGAAAAUCCUGUUGUGAACUACUUGGAAAGACAUGGAACAAGUGUCAAAGAUAGAUUUGAAAUUUUUGAUCGACCCCAUCAGCUAAUUCAAGGUAUUGAAGUGACUAUCCCGAAUUUAGGAGAUGAAUAUGCACAAAAUUCGGGAGAUUACAAUCCAAUUCAUCUAUCCGAACUGUUCGCUUCAUACUCUGGACACAACGCUCGAGUAACACAUGGUAUGUUCACCAGUGGGCUUGUACGUGGCAUUGUUGAAUCAUACACCACACAGAACGACACAUCUCGGAUGCGGUCCUGGUCCUGCGUUUUUGAAGGAAAAGUAUUCGAAGGAGAUAGGCUGUCAAUUUGUGUUGACCACAUCGGAAUGUGUCACGGGAAGAUGGUGGUCUCGGUCCGGGCAGAGAAUGCAGCUACAGGCCUUAAGGUAUUAUCUGGGCAAGCCACCAUUGAACAGCCCUCGACAGCCUAUGUGUUUACUGGUCAAGGGAGCCAACGACCUGGAAUGGGCUUGGAACUUUACCAGUACAGUCGUGUUGCGCAGCAGGUUUGGAACGCGGCAGAUGAAUACUUUAUGACGCAUUACGGUUUCUCGAUCAUUAAUAUUGUCCGUGAGAACCCUAGGCACCUGACCAUUUAUUUCGGAGGGACCAGAGGACGCAGAAUACGUGAGAACUAUAUGUCUCUAGUGUUUGAUAGUGGGGGCGAUAAUGGAGCGAUCACCUCCAAAAGGGUGUUUCCAACCAUUACAAGCUCUACUAGGUCGUACACAUUUCGGUCAACCAGCGGUCUCCUACAUGAAACGCAAUUCACCCAGCCAGCUCUAGCGUUGAUGGAGAUUGCCCGGUUUGAAGACAUGCGUAGUAGGGGUAUUGUCAAGGAGGAAUCUUUAUUCGCUGGACACUCACUUGGUGAAUACGUGGCCCUAGUUGCUAUAGGGAAGAUUCUUACAAUCGAGCAGAUGGCCGCGCUUGUGUUCUACCGUGGAUUAACCAUGUACAAUGCUGUGAAACAUGACUCUAGCGGUGCGACAAACUACUCGAUGUGUGCAGUCAAUCCAACUCGAGUCUCCAAGACGUUUUCUCAGGCCGACUUGAAGUGGUGUGUGGAAGAGAUCGCUCGACAUACUGGUGGGCUGCUAGAAAUUGUUAACUACAACAUUCUCGAUAUUCAGUAUGUUUGUGCUGGUGACCUAAAAGGGCUGGCGACUCUUACGGCUCUUAUGGAUGCUCUCACAUCCGGUGACCUAAAUAUCUCUCAAUCAACACAAGUGCAGAGCUUUAUUGAGCAAUAUCUAAGUCGUGUCGAAUGUACGAAGUAUCCAAUUACCCUCCAGCGAGGGCUAGCAACUAUUCCCUUGGCAGUUAAUGUGCCGUUUCAUAGCCGGCUGUUGCGAUCUGGAGUUGAUUCCUUUCGAAAUUUCUUAAGGCGACAUAUUGAUGAGUCUACACUUAAUCCUGAACUUAUCAUCGGAAAGUAUAUUCCCAAUCUCACGGCAAAACCAUUUGAGCUCUCGACGGAAUAUAUUCGAAAUGUUUUCAUAAUCACGAAAAGCCCUAUAUUGAAAGACCUUUUACUCAACGGCAUGAAUUCACCAUAG